AUGGCACCGCGUGCCGAUAUUCUGCGGACAGCGUUCAUCGCGCUGAUAUGUACCGCCACACUCGUGCAGUCAAGAGCCGCACGUAAAAGAAGACAAGUCGAUUCAAAUCUGGUCAACAAUCCUGGAGCCUCUGAAACUAACCUGUGUCAGCCCUUGGACGCACCCGCACAUGGAACAAUAGCCUGUGGGGCUGGAUUCCCUUUCUAUUCGUGCUCGGCCGCAUGCGACCCUGGCUACGAGUUCCCUAACAAGAUGACGACGGACAAGCGCGAGUGUGACCAAAUGUUCGGGGAUUGGUUUGACCCACCUGGCAAGGACAUCCCUGACUGUCAGCCAUCGUGCAGCCCCGACUGUCAGAACGGGGGCACGUGUCUGCUGCCAAACACGUGCGGAUGUUCCAACGGCUUUAUGGGCGCCCAGUGCCAAUACCCGGCUAGUAACUGCGCCACCCCGCCGAAUCCCCAGAACGGUCAGGUCACGUGCCAGCAGGACACUGCCGGUGCACGGUGCACAGUUGCAUGUAACCAGGGAUACAAACCCCUGUGGGCCAUCGCCCCGAGUUACACGUGUACCCCGGACGGAACCUGGUCGCCCGAACUGGCUGAAAUCCCGGGCUGUGUGGAUGAGUCGACACCAAUCAACGAGACCCACGUGCCGAGCCCUACCCACCCGCACACCGGAAGUGCGCGGUGCGUGGCCUGGGGACAGGACCACUACCGGACGUUCGACAACAAGAUCUACCACUACAAGGGAGCGUGCAAUUACGUGCUUGUCAAGGACGCGGUCGCCAACAGCUUCCAAAUACACGUAGCCAAUGAUAAGAACUGCCAGACGGGACACAGGUGUAAACGUGAGCUAGACAUCUACUUGGGUAACGACCGGAUCUCUCUGAAGCGUGAUGCUAGCGGCCCCGUCGUCACAUACAACGGCGCGGUGGUGCCCGUCCCCUCCAGCAAGGGUGGGGUCAUCUUCGAGAAGAUCAGCUCGUACAUCGUGGUGAGGAGUAGCAUCGGCUUUCAGAUUCGUUGGGACACGUAUGAGAUGGUGUUUGUGACCGUCACGGAUGUCCUGCUUGGCAAGACAAAGGGUCUAUGCGGCACAUAUGACGGAGACCAGACCAACGACUUCACCACGGACUCAGGAAAUGUUGUUACCGAGGCACCGGCCUUCGUCACCACGUGGAAACGCUCAUUUGCCGGGGAAACUUGCGCUGAUGUGCCCCAGACCGGAUGUACCGCCGCAACUCCACAGGUCGUCGCCACCGCAACCUCCACGUGCGAGGCGCUGAUGGAAGCUGAUUUUGAGAUAUGUCACCAUGCCGUUCCACCAGCGGCGUACAUCUCCGCCUGUAAGGAGGACUGCUGUGCCUCUUCCGGUCAAGACUGCCUGUGCAGCUCGUUUGAAGCCUACUCCCGCGCAUGCCUGGAACACAACAUCCGCCUGGACUGGCGCUCGGAUAACAGAUGCCCCGUACAGUGCCCGGGUAACCAGAUCCACAAGGAAUGUGGUAGCAUGUGCCAGAAGACGUGCCAGUCCCCGAGCUCGGCGUGCGAGGAUCACUCGUGCAUCGACGGCUGCUUCUGUCCGGACGGCAUGGUGCUUCUCAAUGAUCAGUGCGUCCUGAAGUCCGCGUGCCCGUGCAUGCAAAACGGGAAGGAAUACCAGAGUGGCGAACAGGUGCCCAAGGAGUGUAACAAGUGCACGUGCAUGGAAGGCGCGUGGCAGUGUACGAACAAACGUUGCGAUGCGACGUGCUCCGCUAUCGGCGACCCUCACUACAUGACGUUUGACGGGAAGCGGUACGACUUUAUGGGAGUGUGCUCCUAUUACAUGGUUCACGUCCCGGGGACUUUCGACAUCAUCGUAGACAACAUCAAGUGUGGACACGGUGGCGAGUACUCCUGCACCAAGAGUGUCAGUAUCGACAUCGGUGGGCACCAUAUAAAGAUGGACCACAAUCACCAGCUGUUCGUGGACGGUGUGGAAAUUACCAAGACUCCGUACGAGAAUAACGGCAUCAAGGUCUUUAUGGUCUCCUCGCUCUUCAUGAAGGCCGAGCUGUCCAAUGGAAUCACCAUACUGUGGGACGGACGGACCCGUGCCUACAUCACCGCCCCACCCUCCUUCGUCAACAAAACACAGGGUUUAUGCGGAACGUAUGACUUUAACCAGAGGAACGACUUCAAAACCAAGGAAGGCGACAUCGAGACUAUGCCCAGCGCCUUCGGAAACCGCUGGAAGACGGUUCCCACGUGCAAGGAUGCCGGACCGGUCGUCAACCCCUGCGACACAAAUGUGAACCGGAAGAACCAAUCGGCCCAGUAUUGUGAAUACCUCCGAAGUGAUGUCUUCCAAGCGUGUGCUAACGUCGUGGACGUGGAUUCGUUCUAUCACGACUGCAUGUUUGACGUGUGCUCGUGUACAGAGAACGUGAAGGACUGCCUGUGUCCGAUCCUGGGAGAGUACGCUGCACAAUGCGCGGCCGCCGGCGUCGAGAUCCACUGGAGAACAGCUAUACCAGAGUGCCACCUUCCGUGUGAUGGCGGCCAAGAAUAUCAGGUCUGUCCGAACGAGUGUACGCGAACGUGUUCCAACAUCGCCAACGACCAGAGCUGCGUUCAGUCGUCUGUGUGCGCGGAGGGGUGCGCCUGUCCCGCCGGUCAGACCUUGGACGACCUUGGCAACUGUUUAUCCAUCUCCCAGUGUCCCUGUUUGUUUGCGGGCAAUGAAUUCAAAUCUGGCAUCACAGUGGAACGUGGCAAUGAGAUCUGCACGUGCGUGAGUGCUCGUUGGGCAUGCGCAGCUAAGCCAACCAAGACGGAAAUUCACACGACAAGCAUCUGUCCACCCAAUCAAGAGUUCUCCAGCUGUAUCUCCUCGUGCCCGAUGACGUGUGAGAACAUGCAUGAUUCAAUAUCGUGCAACACGACCACGUGCGUGGAAGGGUGCAUCUGCCAGCCCGGAUAUGUGAAAGAAGGUAACGACUGUGUCCUGAAGGCCGACUGUCCGUGCUACCACGGUAGCAAGGCUUACAAAGAGGGGGAAAAGUUCACCAUGGAUUGCAACGAAUGCACGUGCCGUAGCCGGAUGUGGGUUUGUGAACAGAAGGAUUGCCCGGCAGUGUGCAGCGCCUAUGGCGACUCCCAUUACACCACGUUUGACGGACGCUCGUACGAGUUCCAGGGUAGCUGUGACUAUGUGUUCGCGAAAUCAUCAGAGACUUCUCCCGUCAAGUUCGAAAUCACCACAGAGAACAUUCCUUGUGGAACCACGGGUGUCACGUGCACCAAGUCUAUCUCGUUCAGCAUUGGAGAGCAGGGAACUGCAAACUUCUACCGGAUCCAGCUAGUGAAGGGUAAGCCAGUCAUUGCCGACCCCGACUCCCCUUUCACCGUGAAGGAGGUGGGGAACUUCAUCAUCAUAACCACGCCCCAGGGGAUAACACUGGAGUGGGACAAGGGAACCAGGCUCUACCUCAAACUGAGCACAGAACACAAGGGACAGGUCGUUGGACUGUGCGGUAAUUUUAACGGGAACCAGAGGGAUGACUUCUCCACGCCCCAGGGCGGCCCGCCCGCCUCCAAGGCAACCACGUUCGCUGACAGCUGGAAGUUGCACGGCUACUGCGCCAACUCCAAGGAAAUCACGGAUACUUGCGCGGCGAACAAGGACCGCGGUCCCUGGGCCCAGCAGCAGUGUAGCGUCCUGUCCAGCAAACUGUUCGAGGCCUGUCACCCUGUUGUUUCCUACCAGGAGUAUAUUGACAGGUGCGUGUUUGACGCAUGCGCGUGUGACACGGGCGGGGACUGUGAUUGUCUAUGCACGGCUGUAGCAGCGUACGCCCACCAGUGUUCUAUGAGCGGCGUCACCAUCAAGUGGAGGACAGAGGAGUUCUGCCCGAUCAUGUGUGAGAACUGCAAGACGUACAACCCCUGCAUCUCGAUUUGCCCACGGAAGACGUGCGACAACCGCCUCGUGUACGACACGCUCACACAGGACUGUGGCCAGGAGACGUGUGUGGAGGGAUGCGACAUCGAGCCCUGCCAGCCAGGUCAAGUGUACGAGAGCAACAUGGAACCAUUCAAGUGUAUCCCUGAGGCGUUCUGUAAUACAACCUGCCUUACAUUAAACGGGAAAGAGUACAAGGAAGGGGAGAGAAUCCUGGAUCCGACCAUCUGUAGAAUGGACUGCGAAGUCUGCUACUGUGACCAGCAUCAGGUGAAGCGAACCGGCGUCUGCACAGGCACCCCGCCGCCGGUGGGUAGCACCGUCACUUCCUCGGUAACCGUCUCGCCACCGAUGUACACAGCCUCCCCGACCGUCCCCACCUUGGCGGCCCGAUGUGUCCAGAAUGGCCCCACAGCCUGGAUGAGCGUAUCUGUCCCGACCCCCUACAACCAGGGUGAUGUUGAAUCCAUCCGGAACCUCCGAAGUCAAUACACAUUCUGUGACGCCAGUCAGAUGACGGCUAUCGAAUGCCGUGUCGUGGGAACAACGACGUCAUCUGCCGCUGCUGGGCAACGUGUGUUUUGUGACCUGAGGAACGGGCUGAAGUGUUACCAUAGCGACCAGAAUCCGGGAGAACAGUGUCAUAAUUACGAAGUCAGGGUCACUUGUGACUGCAGUCUGCCAAUCACCACCACCAUUGCUCCAAACAUGCUUCCCACUGGCUCCCCAACUCGUCCGCGAUUGGACUGGGGCACACCCUCCACUAUAGUUCAUCCGCCCCCAACCGUGGCGGGACACAAUUGCAAAGAGCCCGGAUGGACAAACUGGAUGAACAGCGCGAAACCUGUGGACGGGAAUGACAUAGAAUUCCUACCCAGCCUUGUCAAGAGUUUUGGAUUCUGUCGGGAAGACCAGAUCGCCUACAUUCAAUGUCGACGAGUGUCAGACAAACUGAGUUUCGAUGACACCGGCGACCUCCAGACCAUAUGUAGCACUAAGGCUGGUUUCGCCUGUUAUGGUUCAAGACAACCCGACGGCCGAUGUGACGACUAUGAAUUCAGGGUUUACUGCCAAUGUGAAAACAGCGUUUGCGACAAGGAGCUCGUCAGUGACGUCCGGUCAAUCGGCGACGCACAGUUCAAUGCAUCUAGUACCGGCGGCGGCUCAACAGCCGCCAUGGCGCGCUUGAAUAGCGUCAGUGGAUGGCGGGCGGCUUCCGGCGACAGGACACCCUGGGUGCAGGUCAACUUUUGGGAGCCCGUCACCGUUGCCGGCGUCAUUACACAGGCUGUAAAGGACGGAUCUGCGUACACCUCAAAGUACACACUAUCAUACAGCUCCGAUUGCUCCACCUACCAGACUUACACCGCCCCCGACGGGAAACCUAUGGUUUUCGAGGGCAACACAGGAGGCUCCGGCGAUGUUGGACAUAUAUUGCUUGGAGAGGUGAUGGCUGUGUGUGUGAGGUUAAGUCCAACUGAAUUUACCGGCGCUCCAGCCCUCAGAUUUGAUAUCCUUGGAUGCCGCGAACACAUUCCCAUUGAGCUUUUGACCACAACCACCCCCAUGCCAACACCAAGUGGACAUGUCACCGGUGUCACUACCGUAAGCAGCAACAUGACCACGCCCAUGCCCUACAUCUGCGUUCCUGGAUGGACACCGUUUAUGAGCGUUGACACGCCCGGAGCACUUAACACCUGGGAGAAGAGCGGACCAGGUGACACUGAAACGAUUGCCGAACUCCGGAAUUUUCACAGUUUCUGCGCCAAACCAACCGGCAUCCAGUGUAGAACUAAGGUGGACAAAGUUCCGUACACGAUGUCUUUAGAUUAUGAAACCGUCUGCACUCUUGAGAAAGGAUUUGAAUGUUUGAAUUCCGCACAGGGUGGCAUGGAAUGUGGAGAUUAUGAAGUCAGCUUUCAGUGCGACUGUGGAACAACCACACAAUUCCAAACGGCAAUUCCAAGUGUAACCGGUACACCAUCGGCUCCCAAACCCGCUUGUGGAUGGACUAAUUUCAUCAACAGCUACCCAAGAACACCAACAAGCACCGGUGAUUACGAAACGAUUCAUAACGUCAGGAUGAAGUAUGAGUUCUGCGAGUUUCCCGUGCGAAUCGAAUGCAGGGAUACGGAAACGAAACAAGACUUCAGGACUAUCAGUCAGGCAGGUGUAUCUUGUGAUGUCAACCGAGGCCUUGUCUGUGAAGACAAGGGUCAAUCUGGAGGAAAAUGCAAAGAUUAUGAAAUUAGACUGUAUUGUGUUGAUGCAUGUACCGGUACGCCAACCCUGACACCACCUGGAGGAGCUACUGGUACGGCGACCAUCACGCCACCUGGCCAUGCCACCGGCAAACCGACCUUGACACCACCAGGUCAAGCAACCGGUACGCCAACCCUAAUACCACCAGGUCAAGGCACUGGUACACCAACCCUGACACCACCAGGCCAAGGCACCGGUUCGCCAACCCUGACACCACCAGGCCAAGCCACUGGUACACCGACCCUGACACCACCUGGACAAGCGACUGGUACACCUACCCUGACACCUCCAGGCCAAGGUACCGGUACGCCAACCCUGACACCACCAGGCCAAGCCACUGGUACACCGACCCUGACACCUCCAGGCCAAGGUACCGGUACGCCAACCCUGACACCACCAGGCCAAGCCACCGGUACACCGACCCUGACACCACCUGGACAAGCCACUGGUUCACCGACCCUGACACCACCUGGACAAGCCACUGGCACACCAACCAUGACACCACCAGGCCAAGGUACCGGUACGCCGACACUGACACCACCAGGACAAGCCACUGGUAAACCGACCCUGACGCCACCUGGACCCAUGAUUUGCAAGGAAGGAUGGACGGACUGGAUUAAUUUUGGAAAUCCAGCAAAAUCUGAAGGAGACUUCGAAACUUACAAUAGCAUACCAGGUUAUCCGAAUACCUGUGAGGAAGUCGUGGCCGCAGAGUGUCAGAUCGCAUCUACCGGUCAAAACUAUAUGUACUCAGGCCAGGAUGUCUCGUGUAGUCCAGAAGGCUUAGUGUGUGAGGACGGGCCUCUUCAGAAGUGUGUCGACUACAAGAUUAAGUUCUUCUGCUCAUGCCACACUGAGAUGACCACACCUUCAGUCACGACCAUCGUGAAGCCUCCGCCAGGCAUGGACAAUGGUACACCCACAAUGACCCCGCCAUCACAGAACACUGGUGUACCAACAAUGACUCCCCCAAGCGUAACCGGCGUGCCAGGGAAAACGGGAAUAUACAACUGCACACAAGGUUGGACUUCCGCUAUGAGCGUCACGACUUCAUCCAUCACCGGGGACGAUUUAGAGACGAUCACGGACCUGAGGAGAAAAUACGAGUUUUGUGACGACGAGAAGAUUGUGUCCAUUAGGUGCGCCGAUCUGAUCUCCGACAAGACCGCCAAAGAAUUGGGUCAAAAGGUCACGUGUGACAUGACCCAGGGCCUCAUCUGUAAGGGUGCUGACCAGCCCGGUGGCAAGUGUGCGGACUACAUGGUGCAGCUCUACUGCGACUGUGAUGCCUCCAUGACGACCACUACCUUAGUUCCACCAAUGCUACCAGGCGGUACCCCUGAGCUUCGUCCACCAUACCACGAGCAAGUAACACCAACACUCAAGCCCACCUCGCACCCAGGAGAGACCACAGUCACGCCCCGGAAGUCAUGUGAUAUACCCCUUGGAGUAACAGACAGGCAGAUUGUGUCAGAUAGCCAACUUUCGGCUUCUACCUCCUUCAAUUUUACCUUCGAAGCAACUAAUGGCCGUCUGAUGCAGCAACCCUCAGGGACAAACGGAGGAGCGUGGAUGCCAAGAUUCUUCGAUACUCAACAAUUCAUUCAAGUGGACUUUGGUCACCCCGAGAAAAUAUCCGGAGUGGUAACGCAAGGACGACAGGACACUGACCAAUGGGUGGAAUCAUUCCUGAUUGAGACCAGUCUUGACGGUAUUCACUGGUACAAGUACGUGGACCGCGGUUCCAAGAAAGCCUUCACAAUAUUCCCUGCAAAUUUUGAUCGCAACACACCCGUCAAGUCUUUCUUCGACCGUGAGGUCGACGCCCAAUACGUGCGCAUCGUACCAAUGACAUGGAAUGACAAGAUUGCCAUUCGGUUCGACGUGCUGUCCUGUUAUGGACGGUCCACGACGCCGCCUCCUGGUCAUUACACGACCGACAGGCCAACAGUCACCACGCCAACCUCAGUUGAACCAACACCGCCUCCUUUGUGCUUGGAGCCCAUGGGUAUCGACAACCCAAUGAUCGUAAAGGACGGUCAGCUGACCUCUAGCUCUAACCUUGACUCAAUGCACGGUGCGGCUGCUGGCAGAUUAUAUAACGAGUUCACUGGAUGGGCCCCCGUUUCGACUUCUGGUAAGCAGUGGCUACAGGUAGAUCUACUGGAACCCCGCUAUAUUUCCGGUAUCCUCACCCAAGGCGUCCCAGACAAGGACAUGUGGAGUAUACAAUAUGUCGUCUCCUUCUCAAAUGAUGGCUAUACCUUCACCGCAUACUCGGAAAAGGAUGGAGGACUCCCUAAGGUGUUUAAUGCCAACAAAGAUCGUAACUCUAUCAUCAAGAUGAUGUUUAACCGAAACAUGGUGGGACGUUAUGUCCGAGUCACGCCUAUUGAAGGAGGCUGGGCAGGUAUUGGUCUGAGGUUCAACCUGAUUGGAUGCUACAACACAUCAACCACGGCCCCGCCCAUGACUACCCAGACAGUGGUACCACCUACUCUGCCAUUCGCCUUCCCCAACAUGACAACAACACCUAUUGUUCCUCCAACACAGAUUCUCCCAGUCUGCACCAUCCCAAUGGGCAUCGGUAACAGGUACAUAAUCGGAGCAAAUCAGAUCUCAGCUUCCUCCAGCCUCGGUAUCGAGCACCUGAAGACCAAGAAGAGAGAAGCCAAUGGAAUCAAAUUGCCUUGGACACCAGUGCCCACGGAUCCCCACCCCUACGUCCAAAUAGACUUCCUGGAGCCAAAAACCCUCUCGGGAGUCCUCACUCAAGGCAGCCCGUACAAGUCCGAAUGGGUAACAUCCUACCAAGUUUACACAAGCUUAAAUGGCAAGACAUGGACACCAUACUCCGACAUUGUAAAUGCUACAACACCAAAGACAUUCAAAGGUAACAAAGAUAACACAACAGCAGUCACCAAUCUGUUCAACAGGAACAUCAACGGUAGAUUCAUCAGAAUCUACCCAACCAGUUUCCACACAGCUGCUACCCUGAUGUUUGAAAUCCUAGGAUGUAACCCAUCAGAGGCUGUCAACAUGACAACAACAGUGUCUCCAAGCGGUGUCAGCACACUUACACCCACUGUGUCCCCACCAGCGGGCUCAAAGAACACCCCGACCAUUACUCCACCUUCACAGACUGGUACCCCAACCACACUAGGAUUUGGACAGACUGUGCCAAUUACAACUCCGACCUACGUGGCUCCUCCGACAGUGUGUCUAACGCCGAUGGGUCUAGAGUACAGCCGAACUGUGUUUGAUCGUCAAAUCACAUCGUCUUCAAAAAUGAAUGAGCUCACUGGGGCCACACAAGGCAGAAUACACAGUAACUCUAGCUGGAUUCCUAGUCUAAACGACUCAUCUCCAUGGAUCCAAGUCAACUUUGAAAAGCCAAAACUGCUGAGCGGUAUAUUGACACAGGGUGAAAACGGAGGGCAAAGAUGGGUCACCAAAUACACUGUAGAUUUCAGCAUGGACGGCAAAACCUUCUAUCCAUACACCCUCAUUCUUGGCGGCUCCAAAUCCGUUGUGUUUAGUGGUAACAACGACAGCAACUCACUGGUUAGGCAGCUUUUCAACAGGAACGUCACAGCGCAGUACAUCCGUAUUCAUCCUAAAGAAUGGCACGGAAAUGCAGCAGCUAUUCGGUUCAACAUCAUCGGUUGCAACCCAGACAGUCCACAGACACCCAUAGUAACGACUCCAAGUCCCUCUGUCACCCCACCAACCAACGGAACAGGUGUCGGAACCACGACCGUGUACGAGCAUAUCAGCACCAUCUCGGGAAUGUUCAUGUUCCCGCCUUCACUAUGUACGGUACCAAUGGGGGUUGCUAACACUCUGGUCGUCAAGGAUCAGCAGUUGAGUGCCUCGUCUUCCAAGGAUAUGUUUAGUGGCGCCGAGAGGUCGCGACUGGACGCUCAGAAGGAUGGUAGUUUCUAUGGCGGCUGGGUAGCAGGGGAAAAUAACAUGAAGCAGUACAUCCAAGUGGAUUUUCUGGCACCAUACUACGUUGGCGGAAUUAAGACUGAAGGACGCUCGGACAAAGACCAAUGGGUUACGAAGUACGAGAUCUAUUACAGCACGGAUGGGAAACACUAUAGCGCCCUGCCCAAGUCCUACCUGGAUAGCUCGCCAAUGGCGUUUUCCGGAAAUAAGGACUCCGGCACGCCUGUUACAAACUUGUUCAACCUGGUUGCCGCUCGUUGGAUCAGAAUCCACCCCAUUGAAUGGAACAACGCCAUUGCAAUGAGAUUCGAGGUCCUGGGCUGCAUGUCUCCAUCGCGAUCACGGCUUACGACCACCGCCCUCCCCACAACUCCUACUACACACAUUGUUAGCCCAACUGCCUGUGCAUACUGGACACCUUGGGUGAGCGCCAGCAAGCCAGACAAGGAGGGGGAAUACGAGUCAGCCUGGCAGUUGAAACAGCUGAUUACUUUCUGCGACUACCAAUACGUCCAACAGACCGAGUGUAGAACCACAGGUACUCACAUUCCGUACGAUCAGACUGGCGAGAAUGGUGUGAUUUGCAACAAUGACUUAAAGGGCCUUCUUUGCUACGCCAAGAACCAAACCGACGGCAGUUGUCUCGAUUAUGAAAUCCGAGUCUUCUGUGACGAAUGUGCAUCUACACCAGCUGUUACAACAGCGGCUCCGAAGACGUGCAACCCACGCUGGCUACCUUGGAUUAACACCAUGACACCAACAAACGAAAUGAGCUACGUCGAGCACGAGUUCAUGAGCCUACAGAAACAACAAGAACUUUGCUUUGAUGGCAAAAUCACUCGAAUUGAAUGUCAAACAAUAUAUGGAGUGAGCUUCCACAGUGCUGGGACCAUAGGCUCUACCUGUGAGAUUCUUAGCGGACUUACCUGCAAGAAUAGCGACAACUAUCCUGUUCCAUGUGAUGACUACCAGGUCCGAUACUACUGCGACUGCACUGGCACUCCGACACAGAAACCUGGCGGUAACAACAACGGCACUCCAACCUUAACACCACCAGGUUAUACGGGCACAGGUACUCCGACAAUAACUCCUCCUGGCUACACAGGAACUGGCACUCCGACAAUCACUCCUCCUGGCUACACCGGAACUGGCACUCCGACAGUAACUCCCCCUGGCUACACAGGAACUGGCACUCCGACAAUAACUCCUCCUGGCUACACCGGAACUGGCACUCCGACAAUAACUCCCCCUGACUAUACAGGAACUGGCACUCCAACAAUCACCCCCCCUGGUUACACAGGAACUGGCACUCCGACGAUAACUCCUCCUGGCUACACCGGGACUGGCACUCCGACAAUCACUCCUCCUGGCUACACCGGAACUGGUACUCCGACAAUAACUCCCCCUGGCUACACAGGAACUGGAACUCCAACAAUGACUCCUCCUGGCUACACCGGAACUGGCACACCGACAAUAACUCCUCCUGGCUACACCGGAACUGGCACUCCGACAAUAACUCCCCCUGGCUACACAGGAACUGGCACUCCGACAAUCACUCCCCCUGGUUACACCGGAACUGGCACUCCGACAAUCACUCCACCUGGCUACAAUGGAACUGGCACUCCGACAAUCACUCCCCCUGGCUACACCGGAACUGGCACUCCGACAAUCACUCCCCCUGGAUACAAUAGAACUGGCACUCCGACAAUCACUCCCCCUGGCUACACCGGAACUGGCACUCCGACUAUCACUCCCCCUGGCUACACCGGAACUGGCACUCCUACAAUCACUCCUCCUGGCUACACAGGAACUGGCACUCCAACAAUCACUCCUCCUGGCUACACCGGAACUGGCACUCCGACAAUCACUCCCCCUGGCAACACAGGAACUGGCACUCCGACAAUCACUCCCCCUGGCUACACAGGAACUGGCACACCGACAAUCACUCCCCCUGGCUACACCGGAACUGGCACUCCGACAAUCACUCCUCCUGGCUACACCGGAACUGGCACUCCGACAAUCACCCCCCCUGGCUACACAGGAACGGGCACACCGACAAUCACUCCCCCUGGCUACACAGGAACGGGCACACCGACAAUCACUCCCCCUGGAAACAAUGGAACUGGCACUCCGACAAUAACUCCUCCUGGCUACACCGGAACUGGCACUCCGACACAGAAACCUGGCGGUAAUGACAACGGCACUCCAACCUUAACACCACCAGGUUAUACAGGCACAGGUAUUCCGACAAUCACUCCUCCUGGCUACACCGGAACUGGCACUCCGACAAUCACACCCCCUGGCUACACCGGAACUGGCACUCCGACAAUAACUCCUCCUGGCUACACCGGAACUGGCACACCGACAAUAACUCCCCCUGGCUACACAGGAACUGGCACUCCUACAAUAACUCCUCCAGGCUACACCGGAACUGGCUCUCCAACAAUCACUCCCCCUGGCUACACUGGAACUGGCACUCCAACAAUAACACCACCUGGUUAUACUGGCACUGGCACUCCAACACAGAAACCUGGCGGUAACAACAACGGCACUCCAACUUUAACACCACCAGGUUAUACGGGCACAGGUACUCCGACAAUCACUCCUCCUGGCUUCACCGGAACUGGCUCUCCAACAGGCUAUUCUGGUACAGGAGUUCCAACUGUUUCUCCAACAGGCCAUUCAGGAGGGACGCCGACACUCACACCAACUACUUGUGCUAUUGCCACUAAAUGGUCAUCUUGGGUCAACCGCCAUACACCGGAUGCGACUACAGAUGAAAUCGAGAGCAUGACAGCUGCUGAAAAAAUAACAUUCUGUGGCUUAGGAAAGAUUAUUGCUGUUGAGUGUAAAACCAUCGAUAACAUACCAAGCUACAGUGCGGGAGACUUUGGUUUUAAGUGUGACAUAGCGAAUGGUGCCACGUGUGUAGCCAUGGAUAACUUCCCUAUUGGUUGCCAAGACUACAUGAUCAGAUACCAAUGUCAAGAGCAGAUUUGUGGUGGUAACCAAACCACCGAUGGUACCGGAACCGGAACGUUCAGUCCAAUGGUACCCGGUCAGAACACACCGACGUUGACACCACCCGGCGGAAGCACGGCCACACCCACUGCGGUCCCCACCACCGUCUGUGCCACAACAACACACUGGAGCAGUUGGUUGAAUCGGGACAAACCGACCACAGGAGGAGGGGAUAAGGAGGUUAUGACUGGUGAAGAAAAACAGAAGUUCUGUCCAAGUGGCACGAUUGCGACAGUGGAAUGUGCUUCAAUCGAUGGUGUACCGUCUUACCAGAGUAUGGACAUAGUGGACUGUAACCCGGUUACUGGACUCUUCUGUGACAACAGUGUGAAUAUGGGAAUGUGUGCAGACUACAUGAUUCGGUACCAGUGUGAGAAGACAACAUGUACAGGACCUACCCUGCCACCAACUACACAGAGCCAGUCCACACUCACUCCUCCACGGUUCUCUCGCACAACCACAUCUCCAGGACAAGGCGGGAAACUGACAACGUAUACACAUAAAGGGACAAUGCAUACAGGAACGGUAUCCACUUUCGAAACGCCAAAGUUUGCCUCGUCUACAGCCCACCCAAACACGUCUGGAAACCAAACACCAACAAAGUCACCGUCGUUGAUAUGUGAAACAAAAAAGCGUUGGUCUAUGUGGAUUGACAGAAGUACACCUGGAAUCAAUGCGACUGGUGAUCACGAAUACAUGACAACCACGGAGCUCCAACGAUUUUGCGCUAGAGGAGCAAUCAGUGGUGUUGAAUGCCAAACCUUUGACGGUCACAAUUUCGAUCAAACUCCAGACUAUGUGACUUGCACUUCGGAACAUGGUCUUGUAUGCGACGGGGCAGAGAACUUUCCGAUAACCUGCAUAAACUAUAGAAUGAGAUAUGAAUGCACAGAACAAAUAUGUCAAACGCCUACUGCACUGCCUACAAGCGCUUCUGGAACACCAACAGUCCAUCCGCCGAGUGUCACAGACGGUGUUCCAACUGUAAGACCACCGGGAUCCUAUACAGGAACCCCGACAUUGCAACCACCAGGUGUAACGGAUGAGCCAACGGCCCGUCCACCAAAUGCAACAGGCGGAGUACCCACAGUAACACCGAAGGGGUUGUACACUAGUACACCAACAAUGCAACCAACUGGAGUUUCUGGAGAGCCAACGGCCCAUCCACAGAAUGCCUCAGGCGGAGUACCAACUGUAACCCCGAAGGGUUCUAACACUGGUACCCCAACAAUGCACCCAACUGGAGUUUCUGGAGAGCCAACGGCCCAUCCACAGAAUGCCUCAGGCGGAGUUCCAACUGUAACCCCGAAGGGUUCUGACACUGGUACCCCAACAAUGCACCCAACUGGAGUUUCUGGCGAGCCAACGGCCCAUCCACCGAAUGCCUCAAGCGGAGUACCCACUGUAACCCCGAAGGGUUCUAAUACUGGUACCCCAACAAUGCACCCAACUGGAGUUUCUGGCGAGCCAACGGCCCUUCCACCGAAUGCCUCAGGCGGAGUACCCACUGUAACCCCGAAGGGUUCUAACACUGGUACCCCAACAAUGCACCCAACUGGAGUUUCUGGCGAGCCAACGGGCCAUCCACCGAAUGCCUCAGGCGGAGUACCAACUGUAACCCCGAAGGGUUCUAACACUGGUACCCCAACAAUGCACCCAACUGGAGUUUCUGGCGAGCCAACGGCCCAUCCACCGAAUGCCUCAGGCGGAGUACCCACUGUUACCCCGAAGGGAUCUGACUCUGGUACCCCAACAAUGCACCCUACUGGAGUUUCAGGCGAGCCAACGGCCCAUCCACAGAAUGCCUCAGGCGGAGUACCAUCUAUUACCCCGAAGGGAUCUUACACUGGUACUCCAACAAUGCACCCACCGGGCGUUUCUGGCGAACCAACAGCCCAUCCAUCCACUGGCCGUACUGGUAUACCAACCGUUAAUCGCUGUACACAGAGUCAUUGGAGCCCAUGGAUUAACAGAGAUAACCCGAACAUUGGCGGUGGCGACUACGAAAAUAUGACUGACAAUGAGAAGGCUGAUUUCUGUAUUGGCGGCACCAUCAAGAGUAUUGAGUGCGUUACAACUGACGGCAUUGCUUCCUACAGCUCUGGAGAAAUUAUGACAUGCACGCUUCUUAACGGAUUUUCUUGCAAUAGUCAAGACAAUGCUCCGAUCCAAUGCAGUGACUACAAAAUCCGAUACUUUUGCCAGUGUGAAGAAACCGUUUCUACUGCAAGUGUUAAACCCACACCUACCAUUUCGUUUAAUGGUACGCUGGCCCCGACCCUGCAUCUGACAUGCGGCUGGUCUCCGUGGCUAAAUGGUGAUAGACCAAACUUUGGAUCCGCAGAUUCAGGCGACCUCGAAACAAUUGCAUCUCUUAAAACCAAGUUUGGCCUCUGCAAGAAUAUCGUUGACAUUUCAUGCCGGGUUGCUGGUACGGACACACUGGCUGAUGCUGCAGGACAGACGGAGGUGCUUUGCGAUUCGGUGAAUGGACUGCGUUGCUACAACAGAGACCAGCUGGGAGGAAUGUGUUACGACUACGAGGUGAGCGUGCUCUGCUGGGCACCUGAAUGCUCCGGACCGGUCAAUCCAACAAUGGUGUCUGGGGCCAUUCUCACCACAGGUUAUUUGUACUUUUUUCCAAUUACAGCCGUAUGUCCACCUGGCGAGGUAUGGGAAUCAUGUGCACAUAACUGCAGCGACCUAUGUGAAGGUUACGCCCAGUCGACCGGACUGUGUAACUCGGAAAAUCCGUGCGUACCCAUGUGUAGGAACCCUGUCACUAAGCAUAAAUGCGCCCCCGGUGAACUGCUGAAGGACAAGGAUACUUGUGUGGCCAAGCAGAUGUGUCCGUGCAUCAAACCGGACGGUUCCGUUGCCCAGGGAUACGAGACAUGGCCCAGCCCAACCGACAACUGCUCCCUGUGCCAGUGCUCUAACAACGAAAUCAAAUGCACCAAGUACGACAACUGCUCUGCCAUUCCCCAGGCAACGACAACCACACUUAUCCCGCCCAUGUUGAAUGGCAGCAUUCCUACUCUCCGGCCAAUUAUCACUCAUCCCGAUUGUGGCUGGACUGCCUGGAUCAAUAGCGACCGACCAUCUUACGGUAAUAGUGACGUUGAGACCAUCUCCAAGAUCCGCCGUAUACACCAUUUUUGUGUCAGUCCUCUUCUUAUUGAGUGCAGGGAUACUCGUACCCACACCGCCGUAAAAGACGGGUCUCAGAAGGUCACUUGUGAUGUUACAACUGGAUUGAAGUGCUUGAACGGGGACAAUGCGGGAGGAUGUAACGACUAUGAAGUCAGAUUCUUCUGUCCUUGCGUUUCGACAACAGUUUCACCGAACCCAGGUUCAGGGGUCACCCCAACAUUGCAUCCACCUGGCGCCUCAACAGACUUACCAACACAGAAACCAAAUGGAAAUGACAACGGAACACCAACACAGCAGCCCACGGGCGUCUCCGGUGGUACACCAACAAAACAUCCGAAGAAUACCACUGACGUUCAACCAACAUUAUCUCCACACACGAAUAGCGGAGUAACACCAACACUAUCACCGACUGCGCCAAGCGGGGGUCUUCCAACUGCUGGACCGGUCCUUUGCGGCUGGACAACUUGGAUGGACGGACAUAAGCCUGAUCCUUUCACAGGUGAAUCCGAAACAUUUUCAGAACUGAGAACUACCUACAAGUUCUGCCAAGACACAGAUAUCCAGGGUAUUGAAUGCAGGGUAAAGGAUACGCAUGCAAUGAUCAAUCAAACGGACCAAGUAAAUUUCAUUUGUGACAUUGCAUCUGGCGGUCUUAUGUGCUUUGGUUUUGACCAGCCAACAGGCCAAUGCUUGGACUACGAAAUCCGAUUGUUCUGUGAGCCAGCGGGACAGGUUUGCUCUGGCACACCAACUAUGAAACCAACUGGCAAUGCAGGUGAGACUCCAACAAUAACUCCACCCGGAGCUGCAACAGGCACGCCAACUCUUUUCCCACCAACCGGCUCUGGACUUACACCAACCGUGACACCACCUGAGCACACUGGCGGCUCCCCUACAAGCAAACCUGGAGGAAACGACGGCGGAACUCCAACUGGUCACCCACCAGGAAUGUCAACCAAUCUGCCCACAGCUCACCCACCAAGCAAAUGCGUAGAGAAAUGGUCGCAAUGGAUAAACAGAGACAAACAGCCAGACGGAAGGGAGCAUGAAUAUAUGAAUUCGACUGAGAAGAAUUCAUUUUGUGUCGGCGGCAGGGUCUCUGGAAUCGAGUGUAAGACAAUCGACAACAUUGCUAGCUACAGCUCUGGCGAGAUUCUGGAAUGCUCCAUGGAGAAUGGUCUGAUCUGUGAGGACGCUGUGAACGCACCGAUGCCAUGCAGUGAUUACCAAGUCAGAUACUAUUGUGAAUGUCCAGCUCCUACAAGUUUGCCUCCGACAACAGUCACAAUGAUGCCAACACCUGACCACACCGUCCCUGUCGCAUGUCGCGAGAAGAUGGGAAUGGAAAGCGGCCAUAUUCUGACCAACAUGAUCACUGUCUCUUCAUCCCGAGACGGCAACCUUAAUCCCGCCUCUUCCCGACUUAACAGCCACGGCGCUUGGACACCCAACCACAACGACCAGAAACAAUACAUCCAGGUGAACUUCCUGAAGCCCAUGCUGCUGACAGGAAUAAUAACACAGGGACGGGAGAACAGCGGUUCUUAUGUGAUAUCAUACAAGGUUCUCUUCUCUAAGGACGGUUUCACUUGGUCACCAUACCAGGAUCUCGGACAAGACAAGAAUUUUACCGGCAACAACAACUCCGGGUCGAAGGCUACCAAUUGGUUUGACCAUCCAAUCAGAGCGCAGUACAUCCGAGUUGUGCCGCUCACCUGGCAGGGAGUUAUUGCCAUGAGGAUGGAAGUUCUUGGCUGUUACGAGGGUUACCCAAGUGUCACAACAGUACCGCCACCAACAUUCACUCCACCAGUUGUUACACCAAAGACACCACUAACUGUUUCGAACAGCUGUAUCUACUGGGAUGUCUGGAUCAAUGAAGGUCAUCUGACAUUGACCUCGGGCGGAGACUCAGAGCCAAUAUCUGCACUCCAAUCCUUGUCUGAACAGUGCCCCACCCCCGUCAUGAUUGAAUGUGUCCGGGCCAGCGACGGGCUUCCGUAUGACCAGGCGGGUCAAAAGGUCAAGUGCGACCUCUGGAAUGGAUUACAAUGUUUCAAUGCGGACAAUCCUCCACUUUGCUACGACUACAAAGCGAGAUUAGGCUGCCUGAAGAACACAACAGAGUGCUUGAACUCAGUCGGUCCCACACAACCCGGCAUCGUUACCCAGAAACAUGUGACUGGCACUGUCAACAGUCGUGUUCUCCGGUGCUUCGAAGGUCUGGAUGUCUCCGCAUGUCCCAAGGAUGGCUGUGCUGAUGGACUCUACUGUGAUGGUCGCCAGUGUGUCACCAAGGACAAGUGCCCAUGUUUGGUGGAUGGACAGAUUCUCAUGUCUGGAGGAUUCAAGGAGAGGUCCAACUGUGAAACGUGCCAAUGUAUCGCUGGCGAAGUAAAUUGCGAACCAAAGAAAUGUACGCCUUGUCUCCAGGGAUUCUCGUUGGUGAUUAACAAGACAACCUGUGAAUGCUCAUGUCGGUCUUGCCCUCCGGGCGAGUUCCGGUGCGGAAGUGGAGAGUGUAUCCCGCAGGAGAGGCGAUGUGAUGGAAUCAUCGACUGUAUUGAUGAUGAAGUUGGUUGUGUUUCCACUCCGAUGUUUACACCACCAGUAUACGCGACUGCUACACCAACCCUCCCACCCAAACCAAUAGGCACUGACCAACCUACCGCUAUACCACCUGACAAUGGCUCAUCAACCACAGCUACGCUUGCCCCAGUUAAUUGCGUAAGUCAAUGGACAUCUUGGAUCAACACGGAUACUCCGGAGACAGGCGAUGGAGAUAGAGAGGUACUGCUUUUUGCCCAGAAAGCUGCCUUCUGUCCCUUCGGCAAGGUAUCUCGUAUUGAGUGUAAGACGGUCGACGAUAUCGCAUCAUACAGUUCGGGAGAAAUCAUGCAGUGUACCAUUGAGGGAGGAGCUGUCUGUUUGAACAAUGACAACUUCCCUGUACCGUGCAGUGACUACAAGAUCAAAUACUACUGCGAAUGUACAGUUACUCCAACAAUGCACCCGACUGGCAUAUCUGGAGGCGUACCGACAGUAACACCGCCAAGCGGAAAAACACAGAACCCCAAUCUAGUUCAUGGUUCGACCACAUCAUUGCAAGGACAAGUGACCACUGGAGCCCCAGUUCAGUGUUAUGGCAACUGGUCAUCCUGGAUCAACACGGACACUCCCGAUAGUGGCGAUGGAGACAGAGAAUCCUGGACGGCUGCCCAGAAAGCUGCAUUCUGUCCGUACGGUAAGAUUUCCCGCAUCGAGUGCAGGACAACGGACGAUAUCGCAUCUUACAGCACCGGAGAAAUCAUGCAGUGUAGCAUUGAGGGCGGAGCUGUCUGUUUGAAUGAUGAUAACUUCCCUGUUCCGUGCAGUGACUACAAGAUCAAAUACUACUGCGAAUGUACAGUUACUCCAACGAUGCACCCGACUGGCAUAUCUGGAGGCGUACCAACAGUUACACCGCCUAGCGGAAAAACACAGAACCCCAAUCUUGUUCAUGGUUCGACCACAUCAUUGCAAGGACAAGUGACCACUGGAGCCCCAGUCCAGUGUUCUGGCAACUGGUCAUCCUGGAUCAACACAGACACUCCCGAUAAUGGCGAUGGUGACAGAGAAUCCUGGACGGCUGCCCAGAAAGCUGCAUUCUGUCCGUACGGUAAGAUUUCCCGCAUCGAGUGCAGGACAACGGACGAUAUCGCAUCUUACAGCACCGGAGAAAUCAUGCAGUGUAGCAUUGAGGGCGGAGCUGUCUGUUUGAAUGAUGAUAACUUCCCUGUUCCGUGCAGUGACUACAAGAUCAAAUACUACUGCGAAUGUACAGUGUCACCGACGUUGCACCCAACUGGCGUAACUGGGGGCGUACCGACAGUUACACCGCCUAGCGGAAAAACACAGAAUCCAAACCUUGUUCAUGGUUCGACCACCUCAUUGCCCGGACAAGUGACCACUGGUGCCCCAGUCCAUUGUACUAGCAACUGGUCAUCGUGGAUCAACACGGACACUCCCGAUAGUGGCGAUGGAGACAGAGAAUCGUGGACGGUCGCCCAGAAGGCUGCCUUCUGCCCAUAUGGCAAGGUUUCCCGUAUCGAGUGCAGGACGAUCGACGAUAUCGCAUCAUACAGUUCGGGCGAAAUCAUGCAGUGUACCAUUGAGGGCGGAGCAGUCUGUUUAAAUGAUGACAACUUCCCUGUUCCGUGCAGUGACUACAAGAUCAAAUACUACUGCGAAUGUACAGCUAAACCAACAUUACCACCACCAGUAGUGACAGGACAAUCGCCAAGUGCAACCACAAUGGGACUGCCACCAACUGUCCAUCACGACCACACCACGCACACUCACGGCGGGCCGUCGAUCGCUCCUUGCCUUACGCGCUGGUCAAGAUGGAUAAACCGGGACCAUCCAGACAGUGGAAGGGGUGAUAUUGAGAAGAUGAACGCGCAUGAACUCAACGUGUUCUGUCCCGAAGGCCGUAUCAAGGGUAUUGAAUGUGUCACAGUCGACGGAAUAGCGUCUUACAGCAGUGGGGAGAUUUUGUCUUGCUCAAUCAACAACGGACUUGAAUGUUUGAAUGACAACAACUUCCCAGUUCCGUGCAGUGACUACAAGAUCCGAUACCACUGUGACUGCGAAGUUUCUCCGCUGUCGGUCACCUCAAAACCACCAGUACAAGCAAACCACAUUACGCCUGUUCCAGUUACUAAAGGCCCGUGUAUACCGGAGCAAUGUCCACCAAUGGUGAAGCCAGUUUUGAAGGAAGGGGAGGAGCUUCAAACUGUGAUAGACGAGAAUGGCUGCUGCUCCAAGAACAUCGUCGUGUGUAAGCCAAACCUCUGUGCCCCACCAAUUCUAAACUGCCCCGCCCCAAUGUCACUGGAACCAGCCGGUGGAGAGUCUGAUUGCUGUGUUACGUACAGAUGCAUGUGCCCUGCCAUAUGUCCAACAACGACGAAACCUGUUUGCAAACAGGGCCAAGACGCUGUUGAGAUACAAACCAAGUGUAACUGCACCUCGUUCGCGUGUAUGACAAGAAUCCUCGUGUUGCCGACACCGGGCCAGAACACGUGUCAAUACAAACUAGCGGACAACACGACACAAACCUACCAGACUGGACAGACUUGGUCUGACGGUUUCUGUACCCACUGCGCAUGUAUCGCCAAAGAGGGUGUGGCCGGCAUUGUGUGUCAGAAUGAAACAUGCCUUUCAUGUCCACAGGGUUACAAAACAAUUGCCCGACCUGACCAAUGCUGCGGAGACUGUCAGCCCAAUGGAUGCGUGGUCAACGGAACUAUUUACAAGGACGGGGCGACCAUCCCGACGUCAAGGAAAUGCUACGACAAACUGUGCACCUUCGAUGCGGAAAUCGGCAUGUUUAUUGUGUCAGAGACCCACGUGCAGUGUCCUGCCUAUGAGCAGUUGACCGAGUGCAAGGCGAACGAGGAAGCAUACGACGCCACAGGCUGUUGCAUGAAGUGUCUACCUGAACCAAUUACAUUACGAAUUGUCAUUUUAGGUAACGUCACAAGCAGUAGCCUUACAUGCCAGACAUGCGCUCCACGUCUCGUUGUUGGAAACCCCAACGAUACGAUUGGCUACUUCACGAUAAUGGACAACAUGGAAGUUUGCAAAAAUGUUGAACCUAUCCCCGACCUGCUUGAAUGUUCCGGUUUCUGCAAUUCGCGCUCUUCUUAUAGCCACGUGAUGCAGGGAUUCACCAAUCGCUGCAAUUGUUGUCAAGCAACCGGAAGUGAGACAAGGAACGUUCAGCUUACGUGCAAAAGUGGCAGGACAAUCACCAAGUCAUAUUCUGUACCGAAAUCGUGUGGCUGCAAUGUAUGUUCAGGAGCAAAAUAAGUUCAUGUAAAAGACACUAACUUGGCAUUAACUUUACAUUGCUUUAACACGGAACUGGCUUCCAUAAUGGACUUAUAGUUUAUUUAUAAAUUUCCAUAUCAUAAUGAAAUAAACCUUUAGGCAUAUGUUAACGUUUUAUUUACCUUUUGCAAGUAAUAUCCUGUUGUUGUGAUAAUAAAU